AUGUGGGAAGUUAUUAGGAAAAAGUAUGAUGGUUACGGUGAUGGAGUUGUGGAGAACCAGGAAAUAAAUUUUGCAACAAACAACCAACAUAUUGCCAAAUUCAGCUGCAAACCCAAUCCAAAAGAACAAGAUCCAAACAGUUGCACUCCUGGGUAUGGAGCUUUGCUGUACACUAAAAUCAACAAACUUACCCAAUCAGAUAAUGAAAUUUUGGUGAUUAAGAGUGUUAGGAGUUUGCAUGAUUUAUAUAAGGCAGAUACAAAGAAUAUUACUGCUAGUAUCCUCUACACGGAAGAUAAACUCAUUCCUAAUCUCGUUGAUUUACUCAAGAAGGAUUUUGCUAGAGAGGAUGUUUUGAGAACCCUGUGUAAAUCUUACAAGGCGAAAAUUGCUCGUGACCAGGUCAUUCCUCAUGUUGAAGAAAUUCAACAAUUCAUCCUAAACAAUUACAAAACUGAAAACCCAACCAAUAUUUACCUCACUCUUAAACUAUUUAAGGGAGUGUGUUUUGAAAAGGAGCCGUGUAAAAUUGUUACUGACACAGGUGUCUUACCGGUUCUUACAAUGAAAUGUCUGAACCAUUUUCAACAGAAGGAUAUGAAUCCAAAAGUGAUGAAGAAUGGAUUCAAAUUAUUGAACAAUUUGUUACAGGUUCCAAAGACCCAUGUAGUUUUAGUGGAAGAGGAUCAAAUUUUCUUACUAGUGGAAGACAUAUUUGAGCAUCAUCCAACCGAUGAGAAAAUACUGAUUUCUCUAAUGGAACACAUUUCAAAACUGAGUUUUUAUACUGAUGGUUUGACGAAAUGUGGUAGAUUUAUCUAUUAUAUAAUGCCUCACCUUAGAUCAAAGAAUCAAAUACUUUUACUAGAAUCUAUUAAUGCCCUGUCACAUAUUACUAUUAGCGUAGAAGCCAAAUGUCAAAUUAUGGAUAGGGAAAGUCAAAUUAAGAAGCAAUUUAUUGCAAAUCUUGUUCAUGUUUUUGAUGGAUACCAGAAGGAAUAUCAAAAUGAUUACAUUUUCAUUAAUAAUUUGAAAAUUAUUUGUAAUUUGGCAGAGAAGGACAGACCAUCUCUUUUAUUCCUUCUGCCAAAGAUUAUGGACCUUGUAGUUCUAUCCACAACCAAUGAAAGUGUGAAAGAAGAAUUAGAAAAUACAUACCGUAUCAUCUCAUAUAAACCUUAG